AGACAGGAGAAGGCGCGGCCCUUCGUCUCUCUACGCUGCUUACUCCCCCCUCCCCCCCCCCAGCACCGGGCGCGGCGCUCUACAUCGAGCCGCCGCCCGAGCGCUGCCGGGCCCGCGGGACUGCCUGGCUGCUUACGCUGCCCCGAUGAUGUUACCGAGCCCAGUCACCUCCACCCCCUUCUCUGUCAAAGACAUUCUCAACCUGGAGCAGCAGCAGGACCCACACUAUGGGGCCCAGCUCCCGCACCACCUGGAGCACCACUUUCAUCCCGCCGCAUGUCUUCUGGCGGCCGCAGACGGCGCCCGCUUCUCCGACGGCGAGGAGGAAGAGGAGGAGGAGAAGAUGUCGUACCUGAGCCCCAUGGCAGCGCCCGUCAGCCAGCCGGACGCGAGGAUCUCCACUGACAACUACGUGCACGCCGUGCUCCGCGGCUCCUGCGUAGCCCCCGGGCCGGGAGAGGACCUGGAUGCCGCGGCCCGCGAUCCAAAGAGUUGCGUCCUGAAGAAGCCUCUGGAUGCGGCGGAGAAGGCGGAGGAGGCCGAGAGGCCGAAGCAGCGGAGCCGGAGGAAGCCGCGCGUCCUCUUCUCCCAGGCGCAGGUCUUCGAGCUGGAGCGGCGGUUCAAACAGCAGCGUUACCUGUCGGCGCCCGAGCGGGAGCACCUGGCCAGUAGCCUCAAGCUCACCUCCACGCAGGUGAAGAUCUGGUUCCAGAACCGGCGCUACAAGUGCAAGCGGCAGCGGCAGGACAAGUCGCUGGAGCUGGGCGGCCCCGCGGCCCCGCCACCGCCGCGCAGGGUGGCCGUACCCGUGCUGGUCCGCGACGGCAAACCAUGCCUCGGCGGGUCGCAAGGCUACAGCUCGGCGUACAACGGGCCCUACUCCUACAACGCUUUCCCCGCCUACGGCUACGGCAACGCUGCCUCCUACAACCCCGGCUACGGUUGCUCCUACCCCGCGGGCACUGGCGGCGCCUCUAUGCAAGCCGCUUGCAGCCCGGCAGCAGCCGCCGCCGGCCCUUUCGUGAACGUGGGCAGCCUGGGGGGAUUCGGCAGCGGCGGUCAACCGCUGCACCAGGCGUCAUCGGGGCCCUCCUGCAGCCAGGGAGCACUGCAGGGCAUCAGGGCCUGGUAGCCCGCACGCACUGAUGGCCAAGAGCGGACCAGCAGGACGGCCCGGCGGCUCCGGGGCUCCGUCAAUCACCCGCACUGCAGUCCGGCUGCACGCUGCGCGACGGAUGCCCCGGACUGGAAAAGUGGCGGCGGUGGAGGGACGGCACGGCGGGACGCCGGCGCUCCCGCGGGCCGCGGCACGGGACCGGCGAAGUGGUGGGACGAAACGGAACGGGUCCGCCCCAGCUUGCAGCAGAGGGCCGCCGCCCCGCGGAGCCGCCGCGGCGGCCGGGCGAACCAGAGUCGGUCGCGCCGUUCCAGCGGAGCAGCUUUGCUUUUAAAAAGCCGACGGCGGGGUCCAGGGAUGCUGCGGCCCCUCUGUCUGCUCUGUAUUGGUUACUGCCAGCGCCAGCUCGCCGCGUCAGUCAAUAAACCAGGUGCAAUAUCC